CCCCGGGCCCUGCCGGGAUUUUCCAAAUUUAGAUCAUUCGGAAGCAGCGGGUGCCAGGGACACAGCAGGUGAACGAGUGUCAAAGACGGUCGUGGGGGUUUCCGUUUAAAAAGCUGUUGUUCUAACUCGGAAAGAAAUGAAGUCCUCACCUGCUCCGGGCCUCAGUAGCUCAGGUCGUUGCCCCUGGGAGCUCGGGUGACCCAGAGGGGGGAGGGGCUCCCUGCCGCCCGCCGGCCCCCGCCUGUGUGUAGAAGGCUGAGGUCCAACAGAGCUGACGGUGCCCAGCAGCAAACUACUGAGAGGAAGCCACUACCAACUUCACGGUUUCUUUGCAAGUGACUGAAGACAAAAUCCGAGAUGCCCGAAAACCCUGCCACAGACAAGCUGCAGGUGCUGCAGGUGCUACAGCGGCUUCGGGCCAAGCUGCAGGACAGAGGGGACACGUCGCAGCACAGCACGCUGUCCGCCUUCUGCGACACGCUGCAGAGCCCGCUCUUCACGCAGAUCCUGGCCCUGCAGAAGUCCCUGCGUCAGCUCAAGGGCCAGCUCAGCCACAGCCCCUCAGCGAGCACUGCCAACUUCGACUUCUCCCAGAAAGGCCUGCUCGUGUUCAUCGACAGCACUGCUGCCAACGGGAACGCACCCCGGCCCGCCGAUGCCCGUGCAGCCGCCCCGGGACCGUGCACCUGGGCCCUGCAGUCGCAGUCGGGGGGCGAAGACUUCCACGCCGCUGUGGAGCGGCUGGCUCGGGGCCGGCAGGUCGAGUGCAUAGUCAUCGAGCGGCCACCUGCCGGGGGCCUGGGCUUCAGCGUGGUGGCCCUGAAGAGCCAGCGACCGAGGGAGGUGGACAUCUUUGUGAAGGAGGUGCAUCCGGGCAGUGUGGCCGACAGGGGCCAAAGGCUCAAGGAAAACGACCAGAUCCUGGCCAUCAACCACACGGCCCUGGACCAGCGCGUGUCCCACCUGCAGGCCGUGGCACUGCUGCAGCACAGCCCGGGGCCGCUGCACCUGGUGGUGGCCCGGGAGCCCAGCCCCACACUGGACACGCUCAGCGGUGACCUUAGCCGUGCUCCAUCCGGAAGCCCAGGUCGGCACCUGACUCCGUGGCUCUCGCGUGCUGUCGCCUCACAGGCUUUCUGGGGCCGCAUAGAGGAGGUGGAGCUCAUCAACGACGGCUCUGGGCUGGGGUUCGGCAUCGUCGGGGGGAAGUCGAGUGGCGUGGUGGUGAGGACCAUCGUGCCCAGAGGCUUGGCAGACCGGGACGGGCGGCUGCAGACGGGUGACCACAUCCUGGCGAUCGGCGACACCAACGUGCAGGGCAUGACCAGCGAGCAGGUGGCACAGGUGCUGAGGACCUGUGGGAGCACGGUCCGGAUGCGGGUGGCCCGAGACCUGGCCAGGGACUUCGAGGUGCCGCCUCCCGAGCCUGCCACCCCGCCCGUGGCCCUGCCCGGCCUGGACGCCCCUGCCAGCAGCAGCCCUGCCAUGGACAGUUCUCCUUCUGAAACCUACAACGUCGAACUUAUUAAGAAAGAUGGACAGAGCCUUGGCAUCAGAAUUGUGGGCUAUGUUGGAACAUCUCGUGCAGGGGCCCCCGCGGGCGUCUAUGUGAAGAGCAUUGUGCCGGGCAGCGCAGCGCAGCACAGCGGCCAGAUCCACGUGGACGACCAGAUCGUGGCCGUGGACGGAGUGGACAUCCAGGGCCUUGCCAACCAGGAUGUCAUGCAGGUGCUGCGGGGCUCAGGCCGCGUGGUGCGUCUCACUCUGGUCCGAAGGCGGCCCGGGCCGGCUGAGAGAGGGUCCGACGUGGGGCGGACCGAAACACCAGCCCUCUUCCUAAGCGGAGCAGUGGAGACAGAAACGAACUUGGAUGCCGAAGAAGAUGAAGAAAGUGCGGAAGAGGUGGAUGAUCGCAAGCCAGACAGGACGGCAGCCCCAGGGAGACCGGAACAAGCCCUGGAUACUGCAGAAAACCAGCUGAAGUCCAGAUGGGAGAGCCUGCUGGGCCCUGACUACGAGGUCAUGGUCGCCACUCUGGACCCCCAGAUUGCAGAUGACGCUGAGCUGCAGAAGUAUUCAAAGCUACUGCCAAUCCACACGCUGAGGCUGGGCAUGGAAGUGGACUCCUUCGAUGGGCACCACUACAUCUCUUCAGUCACUCCCGGGGGGCCUGUGGACACCCUGAACCUCCUGCAGCUGGAAGAUGAGCUUCUCGAGGUGAAUGGAGUGCAGCUCUGCGGAAAGUCCCGGCGGGAAGCUGUCUCCUUCCUGAAGGAAGUGCCGCCCCCUUUCACCCUGGUGUGCUGCCGGCGCCUGUUUGAUGACGAGGCCUCUGUGGACGAGCCGAGGCCCGCGGACAUCUCCCUUCCCGAGCUGCAGGCAGACCAGAGCAUCGCAGCCAGUGCUGAAGAGGAGGACGGAGAGCUCGCCCUGUGGUCCCCGGAAGUCAAGAUUGUUGAGCUGGUGAAAGAUCAUAAAGGGUUAGGAUUCAGCAUUCUGGAUUACCAGGACCCGCUAGACCCCACGCGGUCUGUGAUCGUGAUCCGCUCCCUGGUCUCGGACGGCGUCGCGGAGCGCAGUGGAGCGCUGUUACCCGGGGACCGCCUGGUCUCCGUGAACGAGCACAGCCUGUACAAUGCCACCCUCGCAGACGCCGUGGAGGUGCUGAAGGCCGUGCGCCCGGGCACCGUGCAGCUGGGCAUCUGUGCGCCACUGGUGGAAGAUGAGAAAGAAGAAAGUUGUUACAAUUUGCAAUCAAGCAACAGUGAAGAGGAGGCUGAACUUUCAGGAGCAGUUCGAGAUACGGAGCCACCUCUGAUACUCGAAGCGCCCAAGGGAUUCCGAGAUGAACCGUAUUUUAAAGAAGAACUUGUGGACGAGCCAUUUCUGGAUUUAGGGCAGACGUUCCGGUCCCAACAAAAAGAGAUCGACACCAGCCCGGAGGUCUGGGAGAUGCAGGAGUUUCUGAGCCCUGUGCUGCAGGACAUGGGCAAGGAGCGGGAGAUGCUGGUGGACGAGGAGUAUGAGGAGUACCAGCUGUACCCCGACCACUUUCAGGCCCUGAGGCUGCAGCCCACCUUGCCCGCCCGGGAGGCCCCGCCUGCACUGGCCGGGCAGGAGCUGCACUUGGGUGCGCAGUGGUUGCCUGAUGACCAUUCCCAUGGCGACGAGUCCCCGGAGGCAAGGUCCCUGCGGAGCAUGUACUCCCCUGAGAUGCAGCAGUACAUGAUGGAAGAGCAUUUUGCCAUCGAUCCCCUCCCUGCCGCACCCUGCAUCCAGGCAGACAGCCCGCAUGGCAGAUUCGAUGGCCUGGAACAUCUGGGUUCCUUAGCAGAAAGCAGUCAGGAUCUGGGCGUGAUGGUGCCCGAUGACGUCGCAGGCAGGGGCGUGCGCGUGGACCUUCCUGCUGGGGCUCGGAGGAGGCAGCCAGAUCUGCCUCUGUACCAACCGCCCAGGCCCCGCGGGGCCGCGAAGCACCCAGGAGCAUCGUCCUCUAGACACGCCGCUGACGCAUGUGAGCUGCCCGAGAGAGAAGAAGGUGAAGGAGAAGAAACGCCGAACUUCAGCCACUGGGGUCCCCCGAGAGUUGUGGAGAUUUUCAGAGAGUCCAGCGUGUCCCUGGGCAUCAGCAUUGUUGGUGGACAGAUGGUGAUCAAGCGCUUGAGGAACGGGGAGGAGCUUAAGGGUAUAUUUAUCAAGCAGGUCCUUGAAGACAGCCCGGCAGGAAGGACCAACGCGCUCAAAACUGGAGAUAAAAUCCUAGAGGUGUCUGGUGUGGAUCUGCAGAACGCCACACACCAAGAGGCCGUUGAGGCCAUCAAGAAUGCAGGGAAUCCUGUGGUGUUUGUUGUUCAGAGUCUCUCAUCCACGCCAAGAGUCAUUCCAAACCCGCAUAACAAGGGCAGCAAAGUGGCCAGCAGCCUGGACCAGGACACCAAAGAGAAGGAGGCAAAGAGGCAGGGACCGGCCCCGCCCCCGAUGAAGCUGCCUCCCCCGUACCGGGCCCUGGCUGAGGACCGCGGCCAGGGCAGCCAAGAGGCGUCCGCCCAGGACGACGAAAAAAUCAGGCAGCGGUACGCAGAUCUGCCCGGCAAGCUGCACAUCAUCGAGCUGGAGAAAGAUAGGCAGGGGCUGGGCCUCAGCCUGGCGGGCAACAAGGACCGGUCGCUCCUGAGCGUCUUCGUGGUGGGGAUCCACCCCGGGAGCCCCGCGGCCGCCGACGGCAGGAUCCGCGCAGGAGACGAGCUGCUGGAGAUAAACAAUCAGAUCCUGUAUGGAAGGAGCCACCAAAAUGCGUCUGCCAUCAUCAGGACAGCCCCAUCCAGAGUGAGGCUGGUUUUCAUCAGAAACGAAGAUGCCGUCCAUCAGAUGGCCGUGCCACCGCUGGCGCCCAGCUCUCUGUCUCCCGUCGAGGAGCCGCACGGCACAGAGCCUGUCAGCGGUGAGGACGCUGGUGGUCUGGGAGCUGACAGUGAGCCACUGCCCGAGCCCCUGCCCGAGAGCCAGGGCUGCAGACAGGAUGCCAGUGAGAUGCAAGAGCAAAGCCACUGGGCCAGAGCCUCCCUUGGCUCACAGGAGGUCCCGUCAUGCCACGAGGCAGAGACCGACGUCUCAGGCUACGGUGGCCCCCAGGCGCCUCUGUCCGUGGACCCCGCCACGUGCCCCAUCGUCCCGGGCCAGGAAGUGGUCAUAGAGAUCGCCAAAGGCCGCUCCGGGCUGGGGCUCAGCAUCGUGGGAGGAAGAGACACGCCCCUGGAUGCUAUAGUUAUCCACGAGGUCUAUGAAGAAGGAGCAGCAGCCAGAGAUGGGAGGCUUUGGGCCGGAGACCAGAUCUUGGAGGUGAACGGCGCGGACCUGCGCAGCUGCAGCCACGAGGAGGCCGUCGCGGCCCUGCGGCAGACCCCGCAGCAGGUGCGGCUGGCCGUGCUCCGGGGCCAGGGCGGCCUGGAGGUCCUCACCGUGGACCUGCACAAGAAGGCCGGCCGAGGGCUGGGCCUGAGCAUCGUCGGGAAGCGGACGGGCAGCGGAGUGUUUGUCUCCGACGUCGUGAAGGGCGGAGCUGCAGACCUGGACGGGCGCCUGACCCGGGGCGACCAGAUCCUGGCGGUGAACGGCGAGGACCUGCGAGCUGCCUCCCAGGAGACAGUGGCCGCCCUCCUCAAGUGCGCACAGGGCCUGGUGCAGCUGGAGAUCGGGCGGCUCCGCGCUGGCGCCUGGAGCUCGAGGAGGGCAGCGCGACACAGCCAGGGGGACCCUCAGGGCACACAUGGCAGCUGCGCCCCCGCCUUGGUCCCUGUCCUCACCGGCCUGCAGAGCCUGGUUAGAGCCUGGAGAGCCGCAGAUCCUUCGCAGCAGAGCCCAGGCACAGACUCGGAGCCCAGGACGGUGGAGAUCGUCAGAGAGCCCAGCGACGCGCUGGGGAUCAGCAUCGCAGGAGGCAGAGGCAGCCCCUUAGGCGAUGUCCCGGUCUUCAUCGCCAUGAUCCAGGCCAGCGGGGUGGCGGCUCGGACACAGAGGCUUAAAGUUGGAGACCGCAUUGUCAGCAUCAAUGGGCAGCCUCUGGAUGGGCUGGCACAUGGGGACGUGGUGGCGCUGCUGAAGAACGCCUUCGGUCGCAUCGUCCUGCAGGUCAUGGCUGACACCCACGGCGUUGCCACAGCGACCCAGCUGGAGAGCACGUCUGUGGGCCCACACCCGGGCGCUGACCACCCCGCGGAGGGUGCAGACGUCAGUGGGGAGCGAGCGGACCAAGCUGCGAACCCUGGCCCGCCAAGACUCCUGUGUUGUUCCUGUCAUUCCAACACCAGUGGCCGGCGCUCAGGUCGCCAGGCCACACGCGCUGAGGACCCUGGCUGUGACGCCCUUCUCAUGCUCCGCCUACACAUGGUCUCACUAUGCAGCCCAGGCUGGCUUCAAACUCAAGGCCAUCAUCCUCCUGUCUCAGCCUCCGUAGUCACAGGCCUGUGCCAUCACGCCCGGGUUUACUUUUUGAGAAAAGGUUCCUUUGUCCCACACCGGAACUGUAUUGGAGGGCUCCCGCCUCAGCCUCCCACUGUAUUGGAGGGCUCCCGCCUCAGCCUCCCCCGGGUGCUGGGAUUACAGGCGUGUCCGCCACGCCCAGCUCCACCCUACCGCCGUCUCUCCUUCUCAGUCGCUGAACCGCGGGGCCUGGUGCGGAGCGCUCGGCUCGCUGGUGCGCAGGCCGGGAGGUGGAGGUGACAUUUUUAAAGUUUUGAAUUUCUGAAGUCUACCCAGUGUGCAAGGACAAACUCAGUAUUUCAGAAGAGAAAACAAGUUUGACAACACAACAGCAAUGCCCAGAGUCCGAUCUAAGCUGGCGGGUUGGGCAAAGGGACAGGAAAAAGUGCCCAGGAGGGGCCAGAAGGCGGCCAUGAAGGCCGAGAGGGUGAUGGCCCCAGUACUGGACUCUGAACACGAAGACCCAUCCAAGGGUGACAGGAACAAGGUGGAGUUCCUGAAGGAAAGGCAGGACCUUGUGGUGAAAGAGAUGGUGGAGACCCUGACAAACAACAUAAGAGAAAUGUUGGGAGCAAAAAUCACAACACCUGAAGUGAAGAAUUCAGAGGACUCCAGGAGCAGAAAGGAGAAGCAGGAAGUAAGAAUUCCGCCUCACCAAAAACAGAGUCGGCGGAGAAGGCUGACUCCAAAAGAGGAGAGGAUAUGAAAGAUGUGACCUUCAAAAGAGAACUAGAUGAGCAGAGAAGAAAAUUCGACAAAGCUAAAAAUUACAGUGGGGGCCAAGGGAAGAAAUUACCCCAAAAUGACAAAGUCAAAAACAUUAUGGGAGGAGCCUCUCCCAGGAGCAGCCACAGAUGGAGAAAGCGAGACUUCCAGGCGGAAGUCCCGCAAAGAGAGGACAGCGAGAACAGACGGUGUGAGCCAGCGAGAGAAGUGGGUUGGAGAAGGAACCAUGAAGACUUGAAGCACAAGGAGGGGCCCAGGGAAGAAGGCAGGAGGCCAAGGCCGGCGGGCGCUGUCCUGAGCCUGGCUGCGGACUUCUCCUCCGCAACACUGGAAGUCGCUGGGCAGUGGGGCCGCAUCUUCAGCAUUUUGGGAGAAAAUGGUUUUGACCCUAAAUUUCUUUGCAAGAUUGAAUUAGCGUUUCAGUGUGACGGUGAAAUAAAGACAUUUUCAGACCUGCAGAGCCUCAGAAAGUUUACCAGCCAGAAGGCCUUUUUGAAAUACUUGCUGAAAGAUGUUCUUGCACAGAAUGCAAACUCACACCAAGGAGGAAGACAACGUGGGAUGACUCAAACAAAGGGGGAUAAACCUCUAAAAGCCUCAAAGUGUGGAGCUGGAGACCCAGCAAGUGAAGGCUUGAACUUCCUGUUCAUUAAAGAGGUGAAGGUUGCUACGCCGGGGAAGAGCUCAGUGUCUUCAGAAUGGAAGGGAAAAAAAAGGCCCAAGGCGGAGGAGCAGGAGGCCUUGUGGCUGGAGGAGGAGGGAGGAGGGAGCUCUGGGA